AUGCACCUACCAACGAAACACACGCCCCGCUCGCUACAGUUAUGGCUUACGCGGUUCGCUAUCAUGGUCAGGAUAAAGCUGCACGAACCGUUACUAAAGGAGGCAGAGCCAUUUGGCGAUCUGAGCAAACCUGACAUGUUCUAUCAGUUCUAUCCUGAUACGCACGAGAAUCGAACCGGUUCCCUUGUACCGUUUUUGAGGUUAAAGCCAGAAGAGGCCAUGGACAGGCUGUACACGAUGUUAUACAGAAGAUUCAAUAGAAAUAUCAGUGAUGCUGUAAAGUUGUAUGAAUCGAGAUACUUUCUUAUUUUACGAUCAACAACAUUUUCCCAAGAUACAUACAUUAAAGGAUUUUGCAAGGCAUCUAUGAAACAACUACAACAUGAGGUAAACAUCAAAUUAAAUAAUGAUGGAAUUUCUGAAUGUGCAGCAGGAGAAGGCAAAGAAGCCCAUUGUAAACAUAUAGCUGUGGUACUUCUUGCUGCUGAGGAUAUUGUUAAGGAAAAAAUAAUACUGCUACAUGAAGUUUCGACAUCACAACUUCAAACGUUUCAUAAGCCAACAAAAAAAUAUUAUGCCACACCAUUGCGAGCCUCCAGAUUGCCAUCCAAAAGGGAUAUACAUAACAUUGUUUCAUUGUUUACUCUCCAUAGUUAA